UGCCCUAGCCAUCCAUCCAACCAUCGGGAAUCGCAGAGAACCUAAGCAACGCCGUCAAUCAACCAAACUCGUCGCAAGAUACACCCCGACAAACACGGUCAGUUAUGUUUGGUCUUUUAUCUAGAAAACUUAGAACAUCCGUAACUUACAAUGGAGUUAUUCUGUCGAAAUCAAUCUCUCUGCUGAAUUUCCUUGCCGUUACAUUCUCUUCAUCUGCUAUAGCUGAGCAGGAAAAUAUCGAAAAAGCUCACUCUUUUACAGUUUCAUACCUCAUAAACUCAUGUGGGUUGUCCCCAGAAGCCGCCAUUUCAGCUUCCAGAAAGGUCCAGUUUCAAAACCCAGAAAGACCCGAUUCUGUUCUCGCAUUCUUCAGAGACCAGGAAUUCUCGGAAACCCAGAUCUUAGAUUUCAUAAGAAAACGCCCACGUUUCCUUCUAACAGACCCCAACAAAAUACUUUUGCCCAAGCUUGAGUUUUUCUACUCCAAAGGGUUUUCAAAGAAGGAUCUUGCGAAGAUUGUAUCUUCUGACCCUUCUAUUUUUUGUAGAAGCUUGAAAAAUUAUAUUAUACCUACUUAUAAUCUCUUCAAGAGAGUUUUGGUCUCUGAUGAACAAGUUGUCUCUGCUCUUAAGCAUCAAUGGAUAUCCUUGGAAAGGCAUUCGGAAGAUAUGGUGUUGAAUAUUAGGCUAUUGAGAGAUUUGGGAGUUAGUGAUUCAAGUAUAGCUUCUGUACUUAGGAGUUUUCCUGAUGUUGUUGUGCCAAAGGCUGAACUGUUUAGUGAAAUUGUGAAUAAGGUUAAAGACAUGGGAUUUACUCCAAAG